AAUUUCAUUUUACCAAACCCUAAAUAUCUUUUUCUAUAAAACCUUUUUAAAAUAAAACCCCACCAGACGGUGGUUAGCUCCCGGAUUUCAAAGUUUGAACGAGAAGGCUGAAGAUCUCUCCAAACUAAAACCUCAGUUCCUUUCGGUUGGAGUUUAAGACAGGCUUUUCCAUUAGUCGGGAAGGUGAAAAAUGUCAAAGUCUUGCAAGGGUUUGGCCAUGGAACUGGUAAAGUGUCUAAGUGAAUCAGAUUGUGUAAAGGUUGAGAAGCGUUCCUUCAGGGAAUGUGCUGGAGAAAAAAGCCCUUCUGUACCAAGCGAGUGUGUAGGACUCAGGGAAACUUAUUUCAAUUGCAAAAGAGGACAGGUUGACAUGAGAGCUAGGAUUCGUGGAAACAAGGGCUACUAAAUAAAUGGGGGAUGGUAUCGAGUUCUGGAAUGCAUCCGUUGUCUACUUUUACAUGCAUACUUUAUGGUAUCUUUAAAAUUUCCAACUUUCUUCCUCCCCAAAUCCUCUAGAAAGUAACAUUUCUUUAGUUUGGUCGAGGAUACCAACAACCCCCCCACCCCCCCCCAAAAAAAAAAAAAGAAAAAUUCUGAAGGAUGUUGAGCAAUUUGUAUAAUCCUGGGUGUCGGGUGUCAUUGUCAAAUAUAACUGUGAAAAAUAAUUUGCUUGUUAA